UGGCCGACGUAUACAUCCGGAAAGGCAUUCCACUUUUUCUUGAGAGUUUUUCCUUUCCGAAAGAAAAGAGCUCGAUAUCAAAUUGAAUUAAGAUAGAAUUUAUGCAACCGUAAUAUGGACAUGUUAAUACAAUUCCAAGAUUUAUCUUACAGAAAUUGGAAGAACCUAAUAUCUGGCUGUUAAUGGUUUAUUUUUUUAUUUUCACUUUUUGGUUCCUCAAUGCCAAAAGAAAUUUCUCGUGUUUUUGGCUACAUUGGCCAUUAAGUCCGAUACUUUCAAGGCGCAAAUAUUAACAUAGGAUGGAUAAGUACGUUAAAGUAAGACAAAUAGGCGAGGGUGCCUUUGGUAAGGCGAUUCUUGUUCGACAAAAGCCGAACAACAAGCAAAGGGUUAUCAAAGAGAUUAAUAUUUCAAAGAUGAACUCAAAGGAAAGAGAAGAGGCAAGAAAAGAGGUGGCUGUAUUGGCUCAACUCCAUCAUCCUAACAUAGUCACCUAUCAGGAAUCGUUUGAAGAACGAGGAUUGCUGUAUAUUGUCAUGGAUUUCUGUGAGAAAGGUGACCUUUACUCCAAGAUAAAUUCACAGAGAGGAAUUCUUAUACCAGAAGACCAGGUGCUGGAUAUGUUUGUACAGAUGUGUCUAGCCAUCAAACACAUUCACGAUAGGAAGAUCCUUCAUCGGGACAUCAAGUCUCAGAAUAUAUUUUUGACAGCUGAAGGGAUGGUCAAACUAGGAGAUUUUGGAAUUGCAAAAGUUUUGAACAGUACGGUGGAGUUAGCGAGGACUUGUAUAGGAACGCCUUACUACCUAUCUCCAGAGAUCUGUGAAAACCGUCCAUACAACAACAAAAGUGAUAUCUGGUCACUGGGCUGUGUACUGUAUGAGAUGACAACCCUGAAACAUGCUUACGAAGCUGGAAACAUGAAGAAUUUAGUAUUAAAGAUAAUCAGAGGUUCCUACCCACCUAUCCCACCAAAGUACAGCUAUGAGCUGCGAGGGCUGAUAGCCAAACUCUUCAAGCGAACUCCCAGGGACAGACCUUCAGUCAACUCUAUAUUGAAAACAAACUUUAUAACAAAGAGGGUGAGCAAGUUUCUCUCAGAAGAUCAAAUCCAAGAAGAGUUCAGUCAUACAGUGAUGCACGGUAAAAAGAUAGCAAGGAAGUUGCCUCCUCCUCCUAACUCCUCCAGACCCCCCUCCGCAGGGGGUGUGAGGAAAGCCGCAGUUCAGCCUCCAAGUCGCUACAACCCUGCAAGUGUGUACGGGGCUCCAGUGGGGGCACCCAGGAGGUCUAAGGAAAACAGGGGGUCCGUCGACAUAAAGAAACGUCCAGGCAGUGCUGGGAGUGCCGGUCGUCCGGGCAGUGCUGGGCGCCCAAACAGUGCCGGCCAGGAUAUAAAGAAGAAGAAAGAAGAUAUGAUCUUGAAAGAAAAGAAACGGAGAAUGGAAGAAAGCAAGGCUGCUGCUGAAAAGAAGCACAGGGACUUACUAGACAAGCAAAAGAUGGCGAGGAUCAACAAGGCAAGGGAAGAUAACUGGAAGAAUAUGAUGAAUUCUUUAGAUUCUGACGAGGGUGCUAAAAAAGGUCCCUAUGAAAAGCAAGAGGCUAGAGAACCACCUAAACAGCCGCGGCCCCUGCCUGAUCCCCAGCAGCACAAUGCUCAGAAAGACCGAGGGAAUUACGAACGCUAUCAUGCAUACCUAGAUAAAAUACAGCAAAACAGAGACGCACAGCGGAACAACUUUAAACCAGUUCAACCGGCAGCAGCAUAUAUGGACGCCCCACGACCUCUCCCAGCCGCCCCUAAGCAUGCGCAGCCCAUCCCUAAGUGGCAGCGUCCUGGCUCUGGCCGCACCCCAGAGCCGACACCCAUGUACCCUGACCCUCGGGCGGGAGGUGACAGGCCUGUAACUCCAGCACAGGAACGAGCAAGAAUUGUCGACGAGUUUGUGCUGAGAAAGAGAGAAGCAGCUUUAAACAGACAGCGGGGAAAUGCAGACUUAUUCGGGAAUGCAGCUCCUGCAGCACCACCAUAUGCAGUGCAGAGACCACGCCAGUCUCCGACUCCAGCUCGACACGAGCCAAGUGACGGGGCUCUCGACAGUGCCAGAGAUAGGGAGGAAAAGGAUUACUUGGAAAAGCUUAAACAAAUUAGGAUGCAUAACUACCAAGAGAGACGACAGAUCCAGGGAAAGCCCCAGGAUGCGGCAGCUGAAGCAGAAGCUCGGAGGAGGAAGGUUGAGGCUCUGAGACAACAGGCAGAAGACAGGGCCAAACAUCUGAAGGAACAGCUUGAGAGGCAGCGUAAGGAUAUGUACGAUCACGGCAGACAGAAGGCCAGUAAGCCUGUCCCUGCCCCUCGUCCAGUGAUGAAGCCUGCCCCGGCGGUGGGGAUGACCGCUGCCCUGAAGGCUGUGGGGGUUGAACCAAAAGAACUGCCCAAACCUGUACCGACACCUACUGUGGGCAUGACAGGUGCCCUCAAGGCCAUAGGGGUGGUGAAGGAUGAACCCCAGCCUGUGGACUCUAGGAGUCCUCUGAAGCAGCAGAAAGAAGAAAUCCUUCGUCGUUUAAAUGAGAAGGUGACACCACGGGGUAAAUGGGGAGCUCCAGCCGAGGUCGCCGUCGAGGAGGAAGUGCAAGAUCCGCCAGAGUCAUCCCGUUCCCGAUGGAACGAAGGGGCAGGUGACCGACUGUCACUCAAGGAAAUGCCUCUAGAACAGACAGCCUCACAUAUGGAAGCUACAAGUGCUCGGGACAAAGUCAUUCAACAUCCUUCCACGGAGGCUGAAUUGGCUGCUGAUGUGGCAGCCGCGGUUUCUAGGCGACAGUGGGGCCGCCCUGGCAGUACGGUGUUGAACGCUUUAAAGGACAUCCCCAUCAAGGAAGGAACCAUGGGCAGUGAUAAAUCAGACGACAGUGUUCCCUCAUCUACUGAAGGGGACGGUAAACCAGCCAUAGGGUCCACCAUCACACUGUCCCCUAAGCCCGUCAUUAACAAAGGGACCAUCACUAUAGGAGCUGCUGACGAGGCCAAACAGGACAAAGACAAAUUGUUCAAGAGACCCGACAUAUCGCAACCUAUAUCUGAGGAAUCCACUGCCACGGCUCCAGAGAAGAACGAUUCGGAUCAAACCCAAGCUAAGGCGGGGGCACCAUCACCUGCUAAGCCUCCCCUCCCCAACAAACCAGGUUGUCCUCCAAAGCCUGUGGUGGCUUCUAAACCACAGCAGGAUGUCCUGCCCGCACCAGUGUUUUUAGUGAAGCCUGACACGCCCAUGGACUUUGGCAAGGCUGACCAGAUCCCUAAAGCAGUUAACUUGUCUGGCGACGGCAAACUGUUUGAGAAAGUGGACAAGGAAGAUACUAAAGAGAAAGAGGUUCCCAAGGGAGAAAAUAUAAAGAAGGAAGAGGCCAAGGGAAAAAGCAAUUUAUCAUCAAGUGAGAAGCGGAGUUCUGGUGUGAUCAUGGGCCUCACAAGUGGUCAGUUUGACAUAGGAAAUGCACAUAUGCUACGCACCUGUUCCGAGCCAGACCUGGCAAAGCUCUUCAAGACAUUGGACCAAUCAUCACAAAAAGCUGAAAAUCCUCAGCGGGUCAGUCUGGACCUGGAGAAACAAAGAGAAGAGAUUGAACCACUACAAGUUGGCCUGCUGGACAAUGUACAGCUUGACUUGGAGGAAGAAGAUAUUGAUGUCAUAGAUGAUGACGAAUACGAGGAACUAAAGAGUGUCAGGGAGACGAUGCAGAGUCUCCUGAUAGGAGAGUACAGCACUGAUGAGGAGUCUCAACACAGCAGCAGCCGCCUCAGUCUGGCCAGUAACCAUGACGACAAGAUUGACGAGGACAAGGAGGCUGGACACGUGAGUGAUAACAGUGAUGACCGUGACAACGAGGACGCUGAGGAGUACCAGAGGAAGUUGGCAGAGAAACUGAGCGAUGGAGAACAAGACGAAGGGAACGACGAUAACGGUGACGAUUUAGAGAACCUAGAAGAGAAUGCUGAGGAAGAUGAGGACACAGAAGACGUUGAGGUUCAGGAGGAUGAAGGUCCGUCAGAUGACAAAUUAGAUUUAUUCCAGUCAGAUGAGAGUGAUUCAGACACACAGUUUGGAGACGACGAUGACGACUUUGAUCUCUUCAGCAGACUAGAGGAGUCGAGAGCUGAGCUGGAAGGACAGCUUGGCUGUGAUACCUUUCUCAAGGUCUAUAAAACAGUACAAGCUCUACAGGAAGACGAGGAUGAGAACAUGGAGGAUGGCGUCGCCAUAGUGACAAAAAUGCUCGGUAAAGAUAAGGAGCAUCUGUACCCAAAAAUAUUCCAACUCGUCAUGGCCGACUCGGCCUUCACAGAAGAACAGAGAUCCCAGAAUG